AUGGAGGUGAAGGAAUACUGCCAUUGGGAGACCUUCCAACCGGAAUGCAGAUCCGACGAAGUCGUCGUGUUUGCUUCCGCACUCUACGGACGCAUGCGCAAAGGAAAAUGUAUAAAGACGGAUCGGGAUGAUAUCGGAUGUUCCACUGACGUCAGAAGAAUGGCUGACAGCAGAUGCUCCGGAAGACAGACAUGUUGCAUUGUCAUCCCGGACAGAAUGUUUGACAGCACUUCUCCUUGCCCUGAAGACCUCAAAGUUUACUUCAUGGCUUCCUAUAUGUGUGUUAAAGCAACAGCCACAACAACAACAUCUACGCCACCAACAACAACACUACCACAUCCCUACAACGAAUUAUUCAACGACAACAACGACAACAACGUACAAAACAGAGGCUUCAUUUCCAGUUGGGCCGCAAAGAACAACAAGUCAGGUUGCGGAACUUUAUCUUUGCCCUGGAUCAUCAAGGUCAAACCGGGUCAAAAGAUCAAUUUAACCCUCAUUGACUUCUACUACAACAGUAGCAUAGCAAACGAAUUUAAUGGCGGUGACGUCAUUAAUCGCCAUUACACAGAUAGUCUCAAAAGUUGUUCGCAGGUCAUAGUCAUAAUAAGGGAGCCAACGACGGCGAUACGCAGCCAAUCCGUCUGUCAUUUCCAGAACCAGGGCGUCAGAAACAUCUACGUCACCGAGACCAACCUCGUAGAGGUCAGGGUCAUCGCCCCCAAUUUCACUGAAGAGAUGGGUCACUUUCUGGUCAAAUACAAAGCUAUAGGAUGUCCAGAUUUAACCCCGCCCGCCACAACUACGUCAUCAUCUUCAAAGGCCUGGUGGUUCAGGUCAAGGUCAAACUCUGACCAAUCAACGUUCGGUUGUGUAGGCGAGACAUGGAAGAGAGAUUUGACAUGCGUAGACAACAAAUGGGUGAGGAUGAAAAAAAGUAGUAGUAGUAAUAGUGGUGGUGGAGGGGGUGGUGGUAUUAGUCGUGUGGGUAGUUAUGGUGAGGAUAGUGAUGGCAUCAGUGAUGAUGAUGAUGAUGGGGGUGAAACCAUUUGGAGUGAUGGUGAUGAUAAAGGAGAUGUUUUUUGGAGGAAAUGCGAUAAAGAAACAAGUAAGAGAUGGCAUGAUAAUGAUAGUUAUAAUGAUAAUGGUGAUGAUGACCAAAAUGAUGAGGAAGAUGAUAAUGAUGGUAAAGAUGAGGAUGAUGACUAUGAUGAUGACGACCACAACUUUGGGUCAUUAAUCACUUUUUCGUCUGUUAAGUUGAGAAUAAAAUAUUAA